UUCUUCGAUCGAUGUUAGAUUUUAAGCGAGAUCUAAAUAGAAUUGUACAUAGAUUCCUAUGUUUGAAAUAAAUUCAAAACCACAACAUAUAAUUUAAAUAUUUUCUCUAAUCUUAUGUGAAUUACUACAUUACAGAUAUCUCUGAUGUUUGAUUAGUAAUAUGUAAUCCAAAGUUGUCCAAUGUAAUAAUCGUAAUGGAUAUCAGAGCGUGACACCUAACCUAUAAUAUGUAUCGUAAAAGCACAAUGAUAAUUUUAAGCUUAUACAGUUUAAUUAUUUAAGUAUACAUGUCAAAAAUUAUAAGGCGUCUAGUUUUUUUGGAAAUAUUGUAAAUAUGUGCAAGGAAAAAGUAUCGAUCAACGAGGUAUAACGGAAUGAUUGAGUAUUAAAUUGUAUUUAAAUAAAACUGAAAGCGACUCACGCAAUAUAAAUAAACUAAAAUUUGUCAAAUAGUAAAGAUUAGUUAAAUUUUAUUGGGUGCAAAUAUCAGAAAAGGUAGGAGCUAUAGCUUACUUUUAUUAAAUUUACAAAAUGACCUUGGAAGAUGCUCAAAAUGCAGCCAGAAAAGCUGUACAAUUUGAUAGUAAAAGUCAAUAUAGACAAGCUUUGUAUUAUUACAAUGUUGCUAUACAAUGCCUCACCAAAUUACAAGAUCCUGUAUACAAUCAGAAACUUGCAGAAUACGAGGAAAGAAUAUCGACCAUACGAUCUCUUAUUGAAGAAGAAGAGCAGAAGCAUCAUAAAGCACAGACCAUGCAUCAGUCUGAGUUACAGAGGUGUAAGUUUCUUAUAAACCAAGCCCAAGAUGCAGAUGAAGCUGGAUUAAAAGAUGUAGCUGUGAAAUUAUACACAGAUGCUGCUGAACUUGGACUUAAUGUUAAAAGUACAGACUCUGAAAUGAAAGGAAAAGUGACUGCUCUUGUUCGACUUGCUCUUGAUAGAGCAGAAACUCUAAAAGGGUUUAAAAAGGAAGACACUAAUAUUAUUAAAUCACUUUCCCAAUUGCCUCCUGUACCAGAAACAAAUUUAGAUAUGGAUAUGGAUAAAGAAUCAUCUUCGACAACAACAUCCACAAGUACUAGUAACAUAGGAAGACAAACUCGACCACCUCUUCAUCGUGGGAGUAGUGCACACUUGAAAGUAACUGGUAAUAAUAGUAAUUAUACGGACGAGGAGAAAAGAGUUUUACUUCAUAGUUCUCAUAUUAAUGAACAUGAAUUCGUACCUUUUAUGAGUAUCGAUCUUAGAGAAAAAUUUCAGUACGCCAUUCCGUUCACCGACAAAGAUGGUUUACUAGAAUUAGCGCCAAAACAAAAGCCUGAUUUUGCAAGGUGGUGUCGACCAGAAGAAUUAUUUUCCGAGCCGAAAAUGGUUAUGGGUCACCAUGUUGAUUACUACAGUAUAAAGCAGACUGUUGUUUCCGAUUGCUCCUUUGUCGCCUCGCUUGCUGUUAGCGCCCAGUAUGAAAAAAGAUUUGGCCGUAGAUUAAUCACGUCUAUUAUUUAUCCAAAGAAUAGGAAUAAGGAACCGAUUUACAAUCCAUUUGGAAAGUACAUGGUGAAACUACACAUUAACGGUGUUCCACGCAAAGUUAUAAUAGAUGAUUUAUUGCCUGUAAGCAGAUACAACCAAUUACUUUGUUCCUACUCUAGCAAUCACGGAGAGCUGUGGAUCUCGUUACUUGAGAAGGCAUACAUGAAAGUAAUGGGUGGUUAUGAUUUUCCUGGCUCAAAUAGUAAUAUAGAUUUACAUGCUUUAACUGGUUGGAUACCCGAGCGAUGGGUUAAUAGGCCAGAUGAUCCAGAUUUUAAUAAAGACAGUUUAUUUAAUAUUUUAUUAGCGCGAUUACACAAAGGAGAUGUGUUGGUAACAGUAGCUACUGGAGAAUUAUCCGAUUCAGAUGCUGAUAGAACAGGUCUGGUGCAGACUCACGCGUACGCUGUUCUUGAUGUUAGAAAGAUAAAUGGAGAAAAAUUACUGCAACUUAAAAAUCCUUGGUCGCACUUGCGAUGGAAAGGAAAUUAUUCCGAACUCGAUGCUGUACAUUGGACUAAUGAAUUAAAAGAAACAUUAAAUUAUGACCCAGAUUCUGCGUCCCAAUUUGAUAAUGGUAUAUUCUGGAUUGAUUAUGACAGUAUAUGUACCUUUUUCGAUGUCUUUUAUUUGAAUUGGAACCCAGGUCUAUUUAACUAUACAUAUUGUAUUCAUCAAAUGUGGAAUGCAGGAAUAGGCCCAGUAAAAGAUGGAUAUAAUAUCGGCGAUAAUCCUCAAUUUUUACUGGAAGUACAAAGCAAUGUUACAGGAGUGGUAUGGAUCCUCCUCACGAGACAUAUUACAGACAUCGCUGAUUUUCGACAAAAUCAAGAAUAUAUAACAGUAUUAGUUUAUCAGAAUGAUGGAAAAAGAGUAUACUAUCCUCAUGACCCGGCACCGUACAUCGGUGGUGUAAGAAUAAAUAGUCCACACUAUCUUUGCAAAAUAAAGCUAAAUACCGAAAGUAAUACUCGAUAUACUCUAGUCGUAUCACAGUAUGAAAAAACGAAUACAAUAUACUAUACUUUACGUGCGUAUGGUACAUGCCCAUUCACGUUACGCAAGAUACCGAAUUUGUAUAAAUACGAAAAGGAGGUCACUGAUGGUCAGUGGAAAGGUAUUACAGCUGGCGGAUGCAGUAAUCAUGAAACAUAUGAAAAUAAUCCGCGAUACCAAUUAGUGUUAGAAAGUUCAAAUAACAAUAAUUAUGUAUUGAUUAUAUUGAAAGGGCCAAAGCAAUAUCAAAUUGGUUUCAAUAUUAUGUCAGUUGUAUUAAAUGACGCUGAUGCACCCGGUGCAUUCAAAAUGAAAACCUCGGGUCCAUUCAGGUCGGGUUUUGUUUAUCUUGAAUUAGAUGAUGUGCCAGCUGGAACGUAUAAUAUUAUUCCAUCAACAUACAUUCCCGGACAAGAAGGACCUUUCUUUUUAACUUGUAAAUCGUCUUGUAAAUUGCAACUUCAGCGGCUUCAAUAACGUAACGGAUCUAUAUAUGAAUUACUGUUUUGUACAAAAGAAAAUGUUAAUAAUAUGUUGUUCAAUUAUAAUAAGCACAAUAUAUGACUAAUAAUUUAUA